UUUUUUUUUUCUUCUUAUACCAAAGCUAAAGUCUACAUCAACCCACCCAUCCUCCCACCGAAUCUUUCCCCUCCCUCUCAGUACAGAGGAAAAGCAAGGGGAAAAAAAUCUUGCGAGGGAGCAAAGCAGCAAGCAGAACACAGAGGGAGAGAGGGAUCAGCAGCCAGAGAACAAGAAUUAAGACUUUCAGAUUUACAACCGGUGGGGCUUCCAAAGUACCCCAAGGAGAACUGUUUCCCCAUUUUUUUCCUUGCAGUGUGUGUCUCCAAAGAUAAGAGUAUAUGCAUGUGUCUUGCCAUGUCCUAUCCUCAGGGCUACUUAUACCAACCAUCUGCUUCUUUGGCUCUAUAUUCCUGCCCUGCAUACAGUACCAGUGUCAUCUCUGGACCCAGGACUGAUGAGCUUGGAAGGUCUUCUUCUGGCUCUGCCUUUUCACCCUAUGCUGGAUCUACAGCUUUCACAGCUAGUUCCACUGGCUUCAACUCUCCCCUACAGUACAGCGGGGAUCCAACUGCUGCAUUUACUUCCUAUGUGGUAAGAAAUGCCAUUAGCAUUUUCUUAAUACUGAGCUGCAAGGGGAGAGGGGAUAGACAGAGGGCAUAGUUUUGCGAUGUAAAUGUGCAUUUCUUUGGCGCCCCAAAUUCUAUUAUCACCCACUCACCACCCCCUCCGCUCCUUUUUCCCACACACUGAUUAGGAGUUUGAAAAUGUGCAAUAUUAUAAUAGCUUUGAGAAGUGUAAACAAAACCAUGUCAGUAAACAAAUACAAUAUAUUGCCCACAGCAGGAUUCCUUGUACAUUGUAUCCAUAUGUAUCAUAAUAAAACACUGUAGCGAAAUCGAAUUCUGCUUUGUGUGGAGAUGACUCAAAACAUUAUAGAAGUUCAAUGCAUUUAUGCAUUUAAAAUAAUUUAAUAUUUUAUUUAAACAGUGCAGACUAAGAACAAACUUUAAAAAGGUUGUUUUGUUUUGUUUGUUUGUUUUUGCUAUAGGCUGAACCGUAGCGAAUUGGCGAAUUAAAAUGCAUAUUGCAAAUUUGGGCAAAAAAUAGCUGAUCUGGUUAAAUUCUCCAACUCAAGCUAUAUUCGCAGUUUGAAGAUCUUUGCCUCAGUUUUCUCAUUCGGAUAUUGAUUCGCUACAUUUCGGAGUUUAGUAACUAACCCUGUAAAAGUCACCAGCAAUAACUACUCUAGGAUGAUUAGGGACCUUGUCCUUUUAAUCUGUCAUAAUGUGACGUUAAUGAUUAUUGUGGUGUGUGCAGGAUAAAUUAAAACGUACAUGCCCCUGGGAAUAGCAAGCCUGCCUGCCUAUUCUGUCCUGUAAAUUGGUGACCUUGGUUGUUCUUCACUGCAAUUAUCCUGAGUCUUUUAGAAUGGGGUUAUAGAAGUUUUUCUUAAGAUCUUGUUUUUUGAGCAAUUAUAGAUCCCGUUAGAUAGGUCCUGGGUACUUGUACAGCUCUCUGGAAUGCAAAGCGUUAAAAAAGGUUAUCUGAAAUUUUCAGUAUGUUUUCAAUUACAGAGGAUUCCUCCAUCAACCGGCGGGUGGGGUGGGGGGAAUCCCAAAUCGUAAUGUGAUCUUUAAAGCAUUCACAGCCCUUGAAUCUGUUUUACUUCAGAUUUGUAAAUCAGGCGUAAACUUUAUUAAAGUGACCUGGUAUUUAGACAUUUCUGGAAAUUAAUCAUAAUUAAUCAUAAUGGCCAAAAUUCCUUGUAUGAUUGUAUGGAUAAAUUAAUAUAGCAAUGAUAUAGCAAUACUUUAUUGAAAAUACAAGCUGUGUAAAUAUAAAUAUACAUCUCUAUCUGUCUAUCUAAAUAUACAUCUCUAUCUGUCUAUCUAUCUUUAUAGUGUGUUUUUCUUUGCAUUAAUAUUUCCUUUUGUCUGUGCUUUUUAUAUUUUUGCAUUCCCCCCUUGUGCGUUAAUGUUUAUUAUAUUUGUUGUCGGGGAAAUAAAAAUGUUUUGAAUUACGUUUAUUAGCUCAGCGCUGAUUUAAUUAGCAGUAUAAAACCCCAGCAACAACCGAUGUAAUUAAAGCUUUGUGAACUUUUUAAUUUAUAGUUUUGUGGUUCUCUGUCAGUAACCCAUUCUUAGGUGUGGUUAUUCUGAGAAAUUAAAGGGCAUAUGUAGAUUCCUUCUGCUGUUUCGUCUCCCAGCUCCCAAAUACAAAAUUAAAUACCGUACGACUGGUGUCUUAAAAAUAUAGUACAUUUUAUCUGACAGAGACUUGGAGUAUUUGAAUUGAGUCAGACGUCACAUACUCAAAAUGUAGGCCAAAGCUAAAAGGAACAGCAAUCAAAAUAACUAUAUACUCAAGUUUAUAUUUAUGGAUGUUAUUGUAAACAGUGAAAGUACCUCUUCUAUGUGCCAGUCUGUCUAUCUAUCUCUAUUGAACAGACAAUAAAUAAUAUUGAUAUUUUAAACAUAAGCCUUCAUAAAUAAAGAAACUACUUAAGACGUCAUGUCAGAACUAAUUAUACUUUGUUUCAUUUGUAGGGCUCCCCAUAUGACCACAGUUCAAGUAUGGCGGGAUCAUUAGGUUAUCACCCCUAUGCUGCCCCUCUGGGAUCGUAUCCUUAUGGUGACCCAGCCUACAGGAAAAAUGCCACGAGAGAUGCCACCGCCACUUUAAAGGCCUGGCUCAAUGAGCACAGGAAAAACCCUUACCCCACCAAAGGUGAGAAGAUUAUGCUGGCCAUCAUCACCAAGAUGACUCUCACUCAAGUGUCCACCUGGUUUGCCAAUGCAAGGAGGAGGCUUAAAAAGGAGAAUAAAAUGACCUGGACCCCUAGGAACAGGAGUGAGGACGAGGAAGAGGAAGAGAACAUCGAUCUGGAGAAAAAUGAUGAAGAUGACCCGCAAAAAUUAGACGAAAAGGGGGAUCCUGAUGGGGACACAGGUUGGUUUUGUAAAUUCUUUUGACUUGCAAUCUCAAAUUACGUAUGCUUUUGAUUGUGAGGGAGGGUAAUUGGGGAAAGGGGUGGGAGGAUAAUAUUUUAAUGAGAAUUUCUAAACACUAUGGGCACUAGAGCAAUGUAAUAAGCAUAAUGAAGUCUCUCUGGUAUUGAAGGGUUUAACUAUCAGAGUGCCAGAUGUGAGCAUUAAAUAUCAGUGUGCCAGAUAUUUUGCAUGCUACAUCCCAGAUUUUUUUUAAAAUCUAAAAUGGAAAAAAGAAAGGUUUCAAUUAUUUUGAAAUCUACAAUACAUUAGGAAUUUUUUGUUUUAGCAUUGUUUUUUUUUUGGGGGGGGGGAGUGGGAGGGAAGGGGGGAUGUUAAAAAUAGAGAGUGCCAUUUCCAAAAUCAAACAUUACAAAAACAAAAAACAAAAAAAUACAUUAAGAAAACCCUAAUAGAUCAUUUGGCCUUUGUCUGUUAUUUGUUUGUAGGGAAGAGAACUCCUAGCCUGGAGGAGCCUGAUCGACUAGAAGGCACUGCACUACAUGGAAAAGAAUUAAACCCCAUCAGAAGUGACUCGGAAUUAAAUGAGAUAGAGGACAGAGGUGAUCUCCUGUCCAAAGGCAAUGCCCCAACUCCUCCAUCGCUGUGUCAAACAGUACAGAUCCAGCAGACAACAGAAGAACAUCCUCUGCACCAUCAUCUUCUUCAUCACCACCCAACAGUUCAGCAGCUCCAUUCUCAACACCACCAAGCUCACCCCCUAGACCUAGCUCAUAGGAGUACCCAAAUCCAGAAUGGUACAGUCGCGAGCAAUGCCACCUCAGUCAUCCACUCUCCUCCAACUUCCACCUCUAAGCCAAAACUGUGGUCCUUGGCAGAGAUAGCCACCUCUUCGGACAAGAGUAAAGAAAGCAGUUCUCCAGGACCUGGGGCAACUGCAACUCAGUCUAUAGUUGGCAAUACCUCUUCCCCAUCCAGGUCUCCCUCUGCCCCUUGUCACUUCCCAAACAACGCUGUUUUACCCCGUCCCCUGUACUACAGUACACCUUUUUACCCCGGGUACACGAACUAUGGGUCAUUUGGCCACCUUCACAGUCAUCAUGGACCCAGCACAACGCCAUCAGCCAACAGCGUCCCACACUUCAAUGGAUUAACCCAGACUGUCCUAAAUAGAGCUGAGGUCUUGACCAAAGAGUGCAAACUUAGAACCCAGUCUCAAGUAGACCUUAACAAAGAAACUACUUAUGAAAUGAAGAAAGGUAUGUCCAGCAUUUAAUUAUGGCUCCUUCUGCAAGCAUUUGGACAAUUUUAAUUUAUUAUUCAUAUAAUGCCUUGACAAUUUAUCAGUUCUGCCACCGAGAAAAUAAAUUAGUUCAAAUAUUAUCUGGCCAAUACAAACUUUUUCUUUCCAAAUUUUGACUGGUUUAACACGUCUUAAUCCAAACUACAUGGAAGUACAAGAUUUGUAUUAAUUUGAUUCUGUAUAUUUAAUGUAGCAAUUUUGUAUUUAAAUGGAUCAUCAAUAUCUUUGAAGUAAAUUAUAAAAUCAAGACAGUUGUACAGUGACUUAUGCUGUUUUUGGUAAUAUAAAUAUAUACAUUUCAAUGUUUUCUUGAAUUGUUUCAUAGUAAAAAAAUACAACUAAUUAAUUUAAUUUUUAAACGUUUCGAUUUUUUUCUUCAUUUGUAAAGGGGCAUACUUAUUGGAUAGAAUUAAAAGUCAGAUCACGUGUAUACACGGUAAAUAAUUAAAAUAAGUUUUAACAAAAGGAAAACAGUACAGUAUUGCUUGG